UUAGGCAGGUGGUUUUCAUGUUGUGGCUGAUUGGUGUACAAGAAUCAGAAAGAUUUUCAUAAUAAUCACAUAACUAUUUUAUGAUCUUGUGUAUUUUGGGACUUGCAUUGGUAUGCACCUUUUAAGGUACCAAAUGCCAAUUCAUUCUUAGUAAUUCCAGCUUUUUUAUUUAUUUUUUUAUUUUUAUUUUUUUAUGAAACUAACCUCCCACAAGCCUUAGUUCCUUGAAAGAGUUCCUUAGAGUUGGCUCCUAAAAAAAAAGGUGCAAUGUGAUUGGCUGAUUUUCUGUGAUAAUGUACAGUAUCUCCCAUUGGUUCUGUCUCCUGAAGCCACGCCCACAGUCCAAAAAUCUCUGGGUAUAAACACACACAGAUUCAGUUGUUGUUACUCUUUUUACUCAGCCUCUGAUACGGAAUAAUUGCACUUUCUAUAUAACUGUGUUCUGAGCUCCCACAGUUUUAUUUCAGUCACCUUUUGGGUUCUGAAAUCAAGAUGGAGGUUGUGGUGUCCACCUGUGCAAUGAAGAGCAGAUCAGAUCUGUCUGAUGAUCACGGUGAGUCCAUCAGCAGACGUGAGACGGUUCUUCUGCAGGACAUGAACAGCUGCUACAGUAAAUUGAAGGAGCUGGUGCCCACGCUGACAACACACAGGAAGGCCAGCAGAAUGGAAAUCCUGCAGCAUGUCAUCGAUUAUAUCUGGGACUUACAGGUCGAGCUGGACUCAGAGGAAACACAUGGACAUCAAACACAGUUACAUUUAACAGACACGAGCAGUAUCACAGUGGAGAAUAACUCUUUGGAUGACAGGAUGCUCUGUGGAUAUUAAAACUCAGUGUGGACAUCAAGAUCUCAACUGUGGAGAUGCUAGAAAACCAUCUGCAUCUGUGGACAGUGUUGUGACCAGAGGAAUUCUGCUGGAUCCAAAGCUUUGGAGAUGAUCUGCUUCACAAUUAUCUGAUCUCUCUGCAUUAUAUGUCUUUGAAAGACUCUAUCAAACACUUGAAUGUCCUUUUUGUCUUGUGUAUUUGUCUUGGCAUUAACUACACUUGGAAUAUUGUUUAUAUUUUGUUAAAAAAAAUAAUUUCUCAGAUUGCUGAGCUGUAUUUUUUUAUUGUAUAUUACAACGUUUUAUGUUGUGAACAACAUUUUAUAUCAUCCUGUACAUAAUUGUUUUUUUUUAUUUUUUAUUAUUAAAACACUAUUAGAAUUCUACAUAUAUAUAUAUAUAUAUAUAUAUAUAUAUAUAUAUAUAUAUAUAUAUAUAUAUAUAUAUAUAUAUAUUUACAAAGGCUAUUAAUCAUGGGCACUAAGUCAUAUUCUAUUCUCUUUGUAGAACAAAAUAUUAUUCACAGAACACUAUAAUUAUGUUUAAGGCUUUUAACAGAUGCUCAAAGAAACAUACAAAUUUCAUUUGACUUGAUGCUGCCAUGAUGAACAUAUGACACAUGCAAUUCAGAAAGUUAAUUGCUAGGAAUUGAGAAGCAAUUAUAAAACGCCUCAACACAUAGUUGACAUGAAAUACAUGUGGGACAGUUGGCAUGUCAAGUCAAGUCAUUUUUAUUUGUAUAGCGCCUUUCACAACACACAUCGUUUCAAAGCAGCUUUACAGGAAAUCAUGCAUUAACAGAAAAUGAAACUGUAAUAUCUAUAAAGUCUUAGAGUCAUCAUUGUGUAGUUUGAUUAAAUAUGGUUGUAA